GAAGAUGAAUCCCCCCAGGUACCAUGAAUUCAUAUCAAAACCACUCGGGCGCCUGCACGCAAGCAACACGCACGCGUAUCUCCCCGCUGGACGGCCUCUUCUCCCAUCACCAUCAACAACAACCAUAGACAUAGACAUCGACACAGACAUUCACCUAUACACACAUACACUACCGCCAUCAUGCAGCGCACACACACCACCGAGAGCAUGCGAGUGCCAUACUCCAACAUUUCUACCCUCAACAUGAACAAGGCCCCACGCCCAGGCAUUGAACGCGCUCCCACAUCCACCAACCUCACCCGUCCGAUGCCCAUCCAACGCCUCGAGGGCAAGGUCGUCAUGAUCACGGGCGGUGGCGGCAAAGUCGGUGUUGAGUCUGCCGGUCGCCUGCUCAUCGAAGGCUGCAACGUCGCCCUCAUCGACAUUGAACAAACAGCCCUCGAGGCCGCCGUGCCCGUGCUCAAAGCCGCGAUUCCCACCGGCGCACCCAUUGAAUCGCGUCUCCUCACCAUUGUCGCCGAUGCUACCAAGGAAGCCGACGUCGAGGCCUGCGCCAAGAAGGUUGUCCAGCGCUUCAGCAAGCUCGAUGCCGCCCUGUUGAACUGCUGCCAGCGCGGUGCCUCAAAGAGCAUCUUUGACGUUACCGAAGAUGACUUUGAACGUAUCAUGACUAUCAACGCCAAGUCUGCUUUCCUCGGCGUCAAAUACGCAGCAACAGCCAUGCAAACCACAUCCGGCAGCGGCUCCAUCAUCAUCCGCUCCUCCAUCGCCGGUCUACGCGGCUUCCCCAACCUCAUCUCCUACAGCGCCUCUAAAUUCGCUCUCCGCGGUAUUGCCCUCACCGCCGCUGAGGAACUCGGCCCCCUCGGUAUCCGCGUUAAUACUAUCCACACGAGCAUUAUUGAGACGCCGGGUUACAAAGAUGGGUGGAGCAAGGAGAAGUUGAAGGAGUUGAAGGAGGAGACGGCGCUGGAUCGGUUCAGUAGCCCCGAUGAUGUAGCGAGUGUGGUGGCUUUCUUGGUUAGUGAGGACAGCAAGUUUAUGACUGGCGGGCAUUUGAAGAUUGAUGGUGGUUGUGUUGCUGUUUAAGAAGGGGGAUGUGUAUGGGAGUGGAUUUUUCACGACAUGGCUGAGGUGGGGACGCGAUGAAUGAUUUUGCAUGAAUGGAGUUUGGGAUUCGGCCCGUCGCGGCUUUUUUAGUUUCUCUUCUAUGCAUUCUGAUAGCAUGGUUUUUUUGUAUAUAUCAAACGUGCUGGGCUGGAUUGGCGGUUGAUGGUUGGGUCUUGGGUCACAUGGGAGGGAUGAAUAGAGGUGAUGCAAGUAUAGAAUGAAUCCUGACUAUAUGUAGGUCAAGUAGCUGGAUGAAUAUCUAGUUUACCAAUACGGCUUGUCUUGUGGGUGCUGCCUGCUUUUGGUUUGUGCGAUUAUGAGCUGGAUGUAGGGUUUGUAGCGAAUUUCAUCAAGAAUAACAUGCAACGUACAAUGUAUGUCUAGAGAAGAUAGUGAAUGGAGCUUGGAUUACUGUACGAUAAAAAAAUAGACCAACUCGAUGGUGCAUGUGCC